GACCCAAACGGAGAUCAACGACGCCCUCGCCGGAAUUCCUGGACCAGACCGCGGGCGAUGCCCGCUAUCUGGCCGAAGCGGACUCCCGCUUCCUGCGGACGAAUGACUUGGACCCCCUGGAUGCCCGCUACUUCCCGAACACGCCGGGCGCCGAAGGCGGCGGCAUCUUCAACUUAGUCCAGACCCAGUUCACUCCCGUGGUGAUCCGCAACCUGCUGUGCCAGACCCCGCUCUCCUGCCAACCCAUCCUGGGCAACGGCAGCACUCUGCAACUCAGCUGCGACUGCUGGAGCAAGGGCCAGUCGGACGGGCGCUACCCCUGA